AUGACACGUUACUCCGGUUAUGUAAACCCCUUCGAUAUGCUCACUACUCCGUUUGCAAGAACAAAGAAACCCAUCAAUGUACACCAAUUCUCACCUUGCAUCGAGCAAAUUCGAAGGACUUGUGUAGUCCUAAGAUCAGAUUUUUCAUUGUCAAUCUUUAUACAUGAUUUUGGUUGUGAUGUCUUGAGUUAUGCAGAAAUAAGAGUGUUCGAGGUGUUUCUCAGAACAUUCGAAGUGAAAGAAGUGAGUACUAUGAAUAGUGAGAGCCAUGAAGAGGACAAUGAAAGAUCGAGACCAAGCAACGUUCAAACGAAGACAACUCUUAUAAUACUAUUUCAGUCGUCAUGGCUCGGCCUUGUAGCGAAGCAAGAGGUCACACCGGCUACUUACCGUUCACAAGACUCCAGUGUCUAUCUGAGUCUAAAGCUUGGAUAUUUAAUCUGA